AUGACCGAAGACUUCAUCCUUCUCGACGACAGCGAGGCGAUGUCCGCAAGAAUCGAAGAGUUCAUACGUCAAGCGACAUCAGAUCUUAUCAGCCAAGAGAGCACGGCGUUCGUCCAGAAUACACUGAAACGCGCUCAAGUCCUGGUCGAGCUGGAAGACAGCAAUGCUGCACCACCCAGGACCGGCCAGACCUCUCGCUCAAGUUACAGCCUACAGGAUCAACUACUGAAGAACGUCAUCGAGCUAUGGAGUGGGAUUAUGCUACUCGCGUCGCACAAAGACAUUGACGUGAGCACACAACAUCAUCCGCUGGAGACGCAUGAGAAUGUGGUGAAUGGUAUUGGGACUGCUGCCAAGUGUGGCGUCCGCAGCGACGGCAUGCAAAAUAUCACUUCGCAGAGCCGAGUUCUGAUAAUUGCACAGCUGCUUGCCAUGACAGAGUCUCGAUGCACUGUCUUGGCGAAGAUUGUCACGAAUGAGAUCGAACGUCGCCUGUUGCAGCGGCAGCAGGUGUCGCGAGUCUCAACGUUCAUGUCCGCCGUCAUACUGCUCAAUUGUGUUGAGCGCAUAACAGGUUUAUAUUGGUCAUUAGACCCGGAGCCUUCGUGGACAACGCAGGAAGGAAUAAUGCCACCAGCGUGGCCUCUGGACACCUCUCCACACAAAUUUUGGCUGCAAGGUGAACCCUUCGCGGAUUUGCUCAUCAUGCUCCUUCGCAUGCGUGGCCUGCCGCCGAAGACAACGACGAGUCAAGAUGGUUCGCUCGUCAUGGUACCAGACCCACCAUCACGAAUCACAAGUGACCACGGACGGAACACAGUACUUUCUGGAAAUCAAGCAUGCAUUUCUGUAGAGUGGCUUGACUCCGCCCAACUCAAGGUGGUCGAUCUACUUCGCACGAGAGAUGAUGGUGCGCGUGACGAAGAAGCCGGCAUCAGAGCCUUUGAUUUAGCAUUUAACAGCAAAGUGCUGCUGCCGGCAUCGCGAUGA